GCUCUGCUCUUGCUGGUUAUUUUGUGACACGUUGCGUCUGCGGACAGGACCGGCAGACACUGAUGGCGUCCUUGAAGAGGAUCGUUUACGCCGAGAGCGAGGUGUCGAUGGGACAGCACAUGGAGGUGCUAGACCGCGAGUGGGGAGACAUCUACCCCAGCUUCCUGUCCUACGCGAUGGGACUUUACCAGCGGCGAGAAGAGUGGGCCUUGUGCCUGAGGGAUGACAUCCCCACUAACGGCCACAACACUAACAACGUCGUGGAGUCGGCCUUCCGCGUCGUAAAAGACUCGGUGCUGUACAGGACGCGCGCGUUCAACGCCGUGCAGCUGGUGGACUUCCUGACCAACCGGCUGGAGUCCUACUACCAGCGGCGGCUGGUGGACGUCGCCAAUGGAAGGCGAGCUCGCCAAAGACAGCAGCGGGCAGCGGCACCAUCGACCGGCGAGAUCACUCAGAUAUCCGAUGACAUCUACGAGGUGCGGUCGUCCCAGCAGGCCCAUGAGACGCCGUACGUGGUGGACGCCGCCAUCGCCUCCUGCUCCUGCGCCAGCAGCCGGUGGAAGAGAGUGCUGUGCAAACAUCUCCUGGCGGUGCUGGAGCAGAGGGGCGACGAGAUGCCCGAUGCUCAUCUGACCGAGUCGGGCAGGCUGGCCCUGAUGACGAUUGCCACCGGUCAACGGGCCUGGCCUGCAGGGUGGUUUGCGCCUCUUGCGGAAAAGCCUGGGGCUAGCGCAGCCCUGCCCGCCGGCCCAUCUGCUGCGCCCAGCGAGUGCGAUGCUACACCAGGCUGCGAGGCCGUCAACGAGGAGGCUGCACCUCAGGCGCCCCAUGGCGAAGGGUCAACUUCGCCCUCCGCGAGCCAAGCGCAGGCGGCUGCAGCUGUGGAGGAGCAGCUGGUGGCCUUCAAGGAUGAAGUGCUCCACCAAGUCCGUGACGGUCCCGACCGGGAUGCCUGGGCCAGCGGUCUCAGAACCUUUAUGCGCCGCUGGCAGGACUCCACCACCGCCGGCAAGCUCUCCCUGCUCCACGGUGCCGCGCCGGUCCGGGGUCGGUACGGCACCCGUAUCGGCGUCCAGCCCACCGCCACCGCUCGGCGGCGCUCAGACGUGCUGCGGGGAAGGGGUCGCGUCCCCUCCGGUCGGCCCACGAAGGCGUCACGGACGGCCGAGCACGGCUACACUGCUCUCGAGUCGUGA